GAUCCUAAAAAUGUGCUAUCUACACUUUAUUAUUUUCAUUACACUCCUUCAUUCAUCUUUCUCUCUCUCUCCGUGGAUCUCUUUUCUCCGAAGUCUCUCUCUCUGCAACUACACAAAUCAAUGACGCAAUGAAAAUUGAACUUGUUCCUCUCACAAUGCAUCACACUCCUUUGAUCUUCAAAUUCAACAGAUUCGCAGUAAAACGGCGCGUUUAGACUCGUCUUCCUUACUAACCAAGUGUGGAUCUAGCGAAGUAGUAGAAGAAGAAGAAGAUGCAGUGGUACUUAGUCGCUACGCUUCUCACAGUUCUCACCAGUUCUCAGGGAAUAUUAACAACACUAUCACAAACCAAUGGAGCAUAUACCUAUGAUUAUGCAACUGUUCCAUUUCUCGCCGAAGUUUUCAAGCUUGCUGUAUCAAGUUUGUUACUUUGGAAGGAAUGCCAAAAGUCACCUUUACCAAAGAUGACAACGGAUUGGAAAACAGUUACUUUGUAUCCAAUUCCUUCUGUUAUAUAUCUCAUUCAUAAUAAUGUUCAGUUUGCUACCCUCACUUUUGUUGAUACUUCCACAUAUCAAAUCAUGGGUAAUUUGAAGAUUGUUACCACUGGAAUACUAUUCAGGCUUUUCUUGGGGAGGAGGCUUUCUAACUUGCAGUGGAUGGCUAUUGUGUUGUUGGCUGUUGGAACAACCACAAGUCAGGUCAAGGGCUGUGGAGAGGCUUCCUGUGACUCCCUUUUCUCAGCACCAAUUCAGGGUUACAUGUUAGGAGUUCUAUCUGCUUGUCUCUCAGCAUUAGCUGGAAUUUAUACAGAGUUUUUGAUGAAGAAAAACAACGACAGCUUAUACUGGCAGAAUAUACAGUUGUACACGUUUGGUUCAAUUUUCAAUCUGGCAAAGCUUAUUGUGGAUGAUUUCAGAGGUGGCUUUGAAAAUGGGCCCUGGUGGCAACGCAUUUUCAAUGGAUACACUAUCACGACCUGGUUGGUGGUAUUAAAUCUAGGGUCUACCGGUCUUUUAGUUUCAUGGUUAAUGAAACAUGCUGAUAAUAUUGUAAAGGUCUAUUCCACAUCCAUGGCAAUGCUGCUGACAAUGAUUCUAUCAACAUUCCUCUUCAGCUUCAAACCUACACUGCAGCUAUUCUUGGGAAUUAUUAUUUGUAUGAUGUCUCUACACAUGUAUUUUGCCCCACCAAAUAUGCUCUUAGAUAUGCCAUUACCAGUUAAAUCAGAUGAAGAAGAGAGGCUCGUUGAAAUUUCAGUUGAUCGGAGAACACGUUCAUGAUGUAUAUUGUCAUCUGAAUACAAUGCUUUGGUUUUCCCAAGAAGGCCUGCUAAACUAAUAUGUCCUAUAGCAGAAUAUUAUUUCAAUCUGCAAUGGUUCAGUCAAUUUCCAAAAGCAUGGACAUCUUCAUUGGAUGAUUUUGACUCUAUGGUGAUAGCUAAUUUGAACAUCCCAUGUAUUGAAGGAAAAUAUGGUUUUAACUAUUAAUGAAAUGCACAACAUGUGAUUUACUCGAAAAAGGAUGCUGUCUUUGGAAUUAGGCGAAGUCUUUAUUUAACUUCUCUCUGCCGGUACUGAUAGGGGUGCUAUCCAAAUACCCAUUGACCCUCUAUGGCAUAAGAAGUCUAGCCAUCAUAUAUGUAGUCUAAUUUCUACCUGGUUUCAGUACAAAUUAAGCAAGUUUUCACCAUAACUAAUUUGAAUAGACCUGUUUUAUAGUUUAUCACUUUGAUGCUCAUAUUGAAAGUUUUUGUUGGAGAAAAUGUGUUCUCUAUCCUGCUACUAGAAGUGACUGGAUCGUAGUUAACUGAAUCAUGUCCAUUUUAUAGUUGUAUUAAGGGAUGAAGGGUUUGACUGA